GCUGCAGGCGCGCGAUUUGCUGUCGCGCAACUCGUAGGGGCAGGAGCUAGGUGACCGUUUGUUGCAGUCUGCGCAGGGAUGGAGCUGCUGCGAAGCCUCAGAGGAGGUGAUAUUCUCGUUUGGUUUCUUCUCGCAGCAGUCGGAACUCGGGCCAUCCAUACGCCACAGCUGGACGAUGCUCCGUGGUGGGUGGGUGAUGAUUGGAACGCAAGUAUCCCACUCUACGAUAGACUGGAGCGGAAUGAGGACGACCCUCCCAUCAGGGACAGGGUAGGGGGAAACAUUUCUUCUUGGUCAGCAGAUGGAAAGGCCGUUACUGAAAUUGAUCAAAGUGUCGUGGACACACACUUGAAUGAGAGAGGCACUAAUGAGACGGAGCAUGGCUACCUCAUUUUCGGCUCUGAUUUUCCACAUGUGGUGAACAAGCAUCCACCAGUGAAGGCAAUCAAUGGCGAGCCUUUCACAAUGCGGUGUCCAAUUGAGAGCAGUCUCCCAGGAACACUCUACUACUGGCAGAGAUACAAGGCCAUGGACAGGGAGACCCAGUUUGGUUUCCCUCCAGAUGUCGAGUUCUCGGAGGGCGGGAGGGUGUGGUCAGUGGAUGUACUGUCACGAGACCACAACGGGAUGUACGAGUGUCUGGCAGUCAAUCAUAUUGGGCAUGCUGUCUUUCACAAUGCCAAUGACUUCUUCAUCUCUGUCUUGUCCUGCUCAAACCACGCCCCGACAAUCUCGUUCACAAUAGAACACCUGGGCAGCUCCGCACACUACGAAGGAGACCAUGUGGAGCUAAAGUGUACUGCCACGGCCGUCGACUACCACGAGCAACCGUUCUGGUACCACAAUGGCACUGUGUGCAAAAAUCCAACCUACUACCUGGUCAACAGUAAUUUCGAUGUGUCUGCUUGUCGAUGGACCUCCACUCUAAAAGUUCUAAACCUCACGGCAGAGACUGCUGGGGUAUACGACUGUACUGUCGGUUUGCAAGGCACCAACACUACACUUGUCUUAGCUGAGCCUGCCUCUGAAGAGACAGAGGUCACGGUUGCAGUGGUUGUCGGAGUUGGAAUUGCCAUGGGAGUUGGAUUUGCCAUGGUGGUCAUGGGACUGUACUACAAGAACGGGACACACAACGGACCCCAGCCGUCUGAAGAGCCACCAUAUGACGGUUUCGAGUACGACGCAUUUGUCAGUGCCCACGACGAGGCAAGGGAGUUUGUUCUGCAGAGCAUCCUCCCACCCCUGGAGUCUGGCCCCGCCCCCUAUAGACUCUGCUGGCACUCCCGUGACUUCAUCCCCGGAGUCCCCAUCAUGGAGCAGAUAGCUUACACCAUGGCCAGGAGCAGGAAGAUCAUCUUUGUCUUCUCGGAGCAUUUCCCUCAGAGUCAGUUCUGCUGCGCGGAGCUGGAGCUGGCCAUGAGCCGCUACAUGAGGUCGUGUACUCGGUGCAUACUGCCGGUGGCUCUGGAAGGCGGGUUCGUCCCGGAGGAGCUGAAAAAGAGGCUGACGUACCUCCCAGUCCUCUCGGCCAGAGAGGAGGUAGACGUGGCAGCAGAGAUUGCCAAAGUCAUGGGUGAGCCUAUUCCAGUGGUAAUGGACAGACACGAUGACUCUUUUGUCGAGGAAUAACAACAACACAACAACAUCACCACCAGACUCUGUGUUGUUUGAUAGGACACCCUUCGAACCAUGCACGAUUCAUUUUUUCUCAAUUGUUGAUCCAUUUCUGUGAAACUAACAUGUGAACACAACUCUAGUGACUAGUGGACAGAAACAUAGGUG